CAAAAUCACAAAAAAAACAUAAAGUCAUAGACGAAAAUCGUAAAAAAUAUCAACUUGAUGAUGGAGGCAUGUUUACCGAAUUAGACAAAAGCGUGGCAUUAUUUCAAAAACUAUUGCGAGGAAGAGCUUAUCAAACUAUGAUUAUGAUGGCAAAAAUCAGAUAUCAACCAAUUUUACACUCGGAUGAAGCACCAGAGACACUCGAUAAUACAAAAAAAACUAAAGAAAUUACAAGUGUUGAUAUAUUAGAAUAUUCAAGAAAUAAAUAUAUUAGUAGAUUUUUCGACAUUCUUUCUAACGAAUCAAUUCAUAUUAAACACAGUGAAAAUCAAAACAAAAUGUUGAUUCAACAAGGAAAUUUGAGUAGAAAUGCGAAUGAAAUGAUAGAGAAAAAAAAAGAUGUAUGGAAAUAACCGGACGCCUUGAACAAGAUGAAAUAUUAAAACUUGUGAUUAAUACACAAAAUUAUAUAUCUAUUUUUAAA